GAAAGGAGUACUAGUCAUAGGGCAGCAAAGUGAGUGAGUACAAAAAGAGGGAAGAAAAAAAGGGAUCAUCAUGGUGGCCAUCGCAGAGUUCCAAAAGAUUGGUAUUGGUCUGAUGGGAUUUGGUUUAUUUUUCCUGCUCUUUGGAGUGCUGCUGUACUUUGACUCUGUCUUGCUAGCCUUUGGAAAUAUCCUAUUUUUGGCUGGUUUGACAUUCAUCAUUGGAUUGAGAAGGACAGCCAACUUCUUCUUCCAAAGACACAAGUUUCGAGGUUCUUUCUUCUUCCUGGGAGGUGUAUCCCUGGUGCUGUGUCGCUGGCCAGUCAUUGGUAUGCUGGUGGAGAGUUACGGCUUUGUGCUUUUAUUCAGGUCCUUCUUCCCCAUGGCCUUGGGUUUUGUACUGUCAGCUGUGAAUAUCCCUUUCCUCGGUGAAUAUUUCUCCAGCAGCUCAUCCAUGGUCUGAGCAGAGGAUGUAAUACCAGAACGCUGAUGAGUGACUGCUUGUUCAUGUUGUUCAUGAUAUUAAAAUAUACAGUGUACUUGAUUGUGGGCUGUGAUGUAACAAUUAACACUGUAAACAAGCAGUCAAAUUGUAAACUGGUUAAAAGCUAUUUUUGGAUAGGAUAUUUUUAAACCUUUUAAUAUUGAUAUUUAAAGCUUUUUUGAAUGAAAAUUAAAACAUUUCACCACACACGCUUAUUCCAUGUUAGAUUAUUUCAGAUCUUCAUUUGAGUUAUGUUAUGGUUACAUUUUGUUUUCUAUGGCUGCUUCAAACAGAAAUAUUCUACAUGUCCAUUUCCCCCUAAAUUACCUUGAUAUUCUCUGGAAAUUGAGAUCUCUAUUAUAAAAGUUAUUAUUUUUAGCAGUGCAAAACUGUGUGUUUUAGAUAUGUGUCCAAUUUAGUUUUAGCAAUCUUGAAAAAGAAGGCUUUUCUGGUUAAAUAAAAUAAAUGAAAAUAUAGUUUACACAUUGCAUUCCUUAUAGCAGUAUUAUUUAUGAAUGUUUGCAAAUUUCACUAUUUAUUA